CAGCUCUUAAGUUUGGAGAGUUUCUUCAGGGACUCAAGCAAGCUGCUGGAUGUGUUUUGUUUUUCUUCUUGGGAAAUUCAGCAUCGUGCUCUCAUUUGACUUGGACGAUUUGUAUGUGCUUGGAUCCUCAAAAAACAGGCUAAAAGGUAUCAGAAGUUGAAAUGACAUAGAAAAGUCUUCAAAGAACAGACUGUGAAAUUAACUCCUUCCACUUGAUACUGAAAAAAGAUAAACUGAAACUUCAGGAAUGACGAUCUGCUCAUUGGCAAGUUACAGGAAAAGCACAUAUAAGGCAACUAAAUAAAGUCUGUGGUAUGAGGGCUUUGUCAGAUAAACUGUCCAAAAGAAGUACAUACUCAGAGGCUGUUAUGUUAAAGUGUUGAACUCUGCUUUGUGUGUCCCUCCCUACUACCCCAACACUUCUACAUGUGAAAUGUUUCAGAAGAAGGAGCUGGUGUGGCUUAUUUGUCACUGAACUACAUUGGAUAUAAAAAAGUAAUGCAGGGUGCAGAGGACAGUGCAGCUUGAACAGUCUUAACCCAGCAUUUGAAAAAGCUUCUGUUUUGCAGCAAAAUAUGACACCUGUAGUUUUGCUCAUUGGUCAUCUCAUUCUACUGAUACCUCUGUUCAGUGCUGUAGAGGAAUGUGUUCUUUGUGAUUACUUUGUGCUUGUUGGAGAGCCUACAGCUAUUACUUGCCCCAUUAUUACACUGCCAGUGCUUCACUCUAAUUACAAUCUGACAUGGUAUAAAAAUGCUAGUGCUAUACCAAUAACUACACAGACAAAUGCCAGGAUCCACCAGCGAGAGGGCUUGCUUUGGUUUAUUCCUGCAAUGCUGGAAGAUUCUGGACUUUAUGAAUGCGGUGUAAGGAGCCUUAACCACUCUAACAAAAAAACUAUAAAUUUAACAGUUUUUAAGAACGAUAAUGGCUUGUGUUUUAAUGGAAAAAUGAAGUUUGAACAAAAAGUGAUGAGCACAAAUACUGGAAAGAUUAUAUGUCCUGAUCUAGAACAAUUUAAAGAUGAAGACAAUAAUCAACUUGAAGUACAUUGGUAUAAGGAGUGUAAGUCUGGAUUUCUUGAAGACAAGCGACUUCUUUUGGCAGAGGGUGAAAAUGCUGUCUUGAUUCGUAACGUAACUGUGCAAGAUAGAGGAAACUACACGUGCAGUAUGGUGUACACCUACAUGGGAAAACAAUAUAAUGUUUCAAGAACCAUAAGUCUGGAAGUUAAAGAAAAACCACCACAGAUAAAACCAGAGUUUAUUUAUCCGAAGAACAAUACAAUUGAAGUAGAACUUGGCUCUCAUGUAGUUAUGGAAUGUAAUAUAUCAAGUGGCAUAAAUGGCUUAAUUCCAUUCUGGCAAGUUAAUGAUGAGGAUGUUGAUAUCUUUGAUAAAACCUACAGGGAACAGUUUUAUGAAGAGGGGUUGCCUCAUGGACUUGCAGUAUCUGGAACAAAAUUUAACAUUUCAAAAGUGAAAAAAAAGGAUUAUGCUCACAAAUUUUUCUGUCACUUCAUAUAUGGUUCUCAGCAAUUUACAGCCUACAUCAAAUUGGAACGUCCAGCACGAAACAUUCAGGGUUACUUAAUUGGAGCAGGAGUUUCCUUGGUAUUUUUAGUAUGUUUUACUCUCUUUAUCUACAAGAUCUUCAAAAUUGAUAUUGUGCUUUGGUAUCGGGACUCCUGCCAUCCUUUCCUGGGUAAAAAAGUUUCAGAUGAGAAGAUCUAUGAUGCUUAUGUUCUGUAUCCAAAGAACAGAGAGAGCUGCUUGUACUCAUCAGAUAUUUUUGCUCUGAAAAUACUUCCAGAGGUCUUAGAAAGACAGUGUGGAUAUAACCUCUUCAUAUUUGGGAGGGAUGAUUUACCAGGAGAAGCUGUGAUCAGUGUUGCUGAUGAAAAAAUCCGUCAAAGUAGAAGAGUGAUAAUUGUUUUAGUACCAGAGCCCUCCUGUUAUAGCAUUCUAGAAGAUGUGUCUGAAAAGCAGCUAGCCAUGUAUAAUGCUCUUAUCCAAGAUGGCAUUAAAGUAAUUCUCAUUGAACUUGAAAAAAUACAAGAUUAUGCAAUCAUGCCGGAAUCCAUCAAAUAUAUUAAGCAAAAGCAUGGGGCUAUCCGAUGGAAAGGGGACUUCUCAGAAAGGUCUCACUCAGCAGGUACCAGAUUCUGGAAGAAAGUGCGCUACCACAUGCCAUCCAGAAAAAGUGAAUCUUUGUCAGGAUUGCAUUUGUUACCAAAAGACUUGAAUUCGCCUUAAAUAACAAAAGGGAAAUGACACUUAAUGACCAAUUCAGUUCACGUAGUUGGUGAUGGACUGACUGAAAGUCACACGCAUCUGUUUUGUGCAAUCUUAUCCAGAUUUUCUUAAGUGAAGGUACUACAGCUUUAUCUACAGAUGUGAAUCUUUUUUUUUCUUCUGGCUGGAUCAACAGAACGACUUGAAAUAUCAUCAGUAGCACAUGUAGGAAGCACACAAGUACUUUUCCAAGAAUUGCACUGUGAUUUGGUGGAAUUCUCAUAGUGUUGAAAAUAGAAGGCAAAGAAACUAUCAAAAAAUCCCCAGAAAACUUGUUGUUUUACAAGUAAAGUCUGGAUAUGAAGAGAAUUAUAUUAAUUAUAAUCAUGAUAUUAUGGAAUGGGCAUGGUUGAUGCCAGUAAAUAUUUGUUUCAUUUUUUUUAAUGGCACAAAACUUUUCUUUGUUGCAAGUUUGUUAUUUGCCUUGUUCAGUUUACUGAAAGAUAAAUUCCCCUGUGGUACUGCCUCAGUGUGCUCUCGUCCAAGAUACAAGGUAAGAGACAAUCCCAGCCCCCCCAAAGUGCCGUUGAACCUGAAAAAGCAUACUCUUCUCUGGUCUUUUUUACAUUUUAAAGAACGGUGCCAUUUUUAGUCACUUGUCGCAUACAGACAUCAGAAAAAUGCCUUUGUAAUGGUUUUUUGAGUCAAAAAAUUAAUCUCCACUGGACUUUUUUUUUUUCCAAUUUAGUGGCUUAAUGUAUUUUUUUACCCAAGUGGAACAAUUGGCUAAUGACACAAGAGCCUCUCAUGGGGCUACAGGAUGAUUGACUUCGUCUGCCUUACCUGAAGGACCACAUCAAGGGGCUUCAGGGCACCCAUUUCUUGUGGGUUGCUGGUGCUGAAGGAGAGCAGAUCUUUCCUCCUGUUCCUGGCCAGAGGGCUGGCUCUAGCAUUUGUCAGCUCUGAAAGCUGAAGCUGGCUGAACAGACUAAUGUGGCAGAAAUUGUCCUUUUCCUUGGGUUAAUGUUCUCCCAGAUUAGUGUGUUCCUGGCUCCCAGGGGGUUUAGAGUGCAGGCAGAGAAGGUGAUGAGACCAUGCUUUUCAGCUCCAGGUAUUCUUACAAAACAGAGUUAAAAUAGCAUUGCUGCUCCAGUACUCUUUGAAGUGAGAGAGAGAGAGAGAGAGAAAUGCCCUGUGUUACCCCCUGCAGCUGCUUGCCUUUGUCCUUUCUUUCUGCCCUGAUGAUGUAAAGAAUCAGCGGUGACUGUGUACUGGAGGCUGCAGUCACAGUUUUCCAAACAGCUGUUUGGGACAUGAAGUUGUUAAAACUUAGUGUGUAUGUUGAAUCCUUUAUCUUCCAUUUUAAAGGUUUUUUACAGUAUUACGUAUCCCACAGCUGUUAACUCUGAAGUUAUGUUUGACUUUUGUGUAGGCAGUGAUGUAGUUUGAACCUUCAGUUCUUUCUUCAGGGCAGGGAAUUGACUUGAUUGAUUAAAAAAAAUUAAUUAUCAGACCUCUUUCAUGCUAUGUUUAUAGCUAUGAAUUUUAUAGAAACAGGAGAUGAAAGCCAAAUUGCCUGUGCUUUUCAGUCUGUCCUUGAAAGUUACAUUUCUAAGCGAUGAAAUCUUGUUGUAUAUGGAAGCCUCAGGAUUUGACUGUUACUACCUCUAACUGCUGCUUGCAACUCUGAAUUCUUUUCUGUGUCCCUUGCAGCACUUUUUGCUCACCUCCCAUUUAAACUCCAGCCUAUCUUUUCCCACGCUGUUCCCUUACCUUGAAACAAGCAACUUACUGUUAUAUUGAACUCCAUCACUUUCCAAACUCUCCUUGAAGGCUGUUGCUAAUACAGUAUUAGGCAGAAAUUUUUCCUUUGGUA